UGGAUUUAUUCUCCCAUGUCAUCCAAUCCCAAACAGAGCGGCAACAUAUUCCUGSUUGACUACAAGAACCUGGAUGGAUUAAAGGCAAACGUGGUCAAUAUGAAACAACAGUACAUAGCGGCUCCUCUGGUCCUGCUCUACAGAACCCCUAAUGACAAGCUGGUUCCCAUCGCCAUCCAGCUGAAGCAGAAGCCUGCAAACAACAACCCCAUCUUCCUUCCUACUGACUCUGAGUAUGACUGGCUCCUGGCCAAGAUCUUUGUGAGGAGCGCUGACUUUCAAGAGCAUCAACUCAACGUCCACCUGCUGCGCACUCACCUCCUGGCUGAGGUGUUCGCCAUAGCACUGCUGCGCAACAUGCCCAUGGUGCACCCUCUCUACAAGCUUCUGAUUCCACACACCCGCUACUCCCUCCAGAUCAACCUCUUGGCCCGGGCAUUUCUAAUAGCUGAUGAAGGAGUUUUCACUCAGUUUGCUGCUUCGGGCGGAGAGGGGAUGAAUGAGAUCCUGAGGAGAUCUUUGGCCUCAUUGACCUACAGCUCCCUCUGUGUGCCGGAAGACAUCACUGCACGAGGUCUGGAGUGUCCCAACAACUACUACAGGGAUGAUGUCAAGCUGUGGGACAUCAUCCACAGGUUUGUAGAGGGAGUGAUUGGUUUCUAUUACAAGAGUGACUCAGAGGUCCGGGAAGACCAGGAACUACAGAACUGGAUCAAGGAUAUAUUACCAGGCUUCCUGGCCCAAGAAUGCACAGGUGAUGAUGUACAGGCUCCCCUGGCAUAA